AUGGAAAAUCUUGUGAUAUGUGUGUUAAGCCAACUCAUCGAUCUGGAAGAUCCAUUCAACCCUGAGGCUUGCAACGACCAUUUCUACUGUCCGGAAUGCAUCGUGGAAUUUGUGAAGGAUAACCUUGCAAAAAAUGUCACCUCCAUGAAUUGCCGUGAACCAGGCUGCUGUGGAGUGUUAGACCCCGAGUAUUGCCGUCCAAUCCUCCCAAGCGAAAUCUAUGACCGCUGGGGAAAAGCUUUAUGUGAAGAUGUGAUCAUGGGGUCUGAAAAAAGCACUUGCAGCUACUUCCAAUGUCCCUUUGCAGAUUGCUCGGUGCUGCUGAUUCAUGACGUACAGGAUCAGAAUGAUGAAAUCAAUCAGUCUCAGUGUCCUAACUGCAAGAGAAUAGUCUGCACCAAGUGUAAGGUUCCAUGGCAUAACAACUUUGAUUGCGACCAGUUUCAGAGGCUGCGUUACUAG